AUGCGUCUAUUUCGACGGAUUUGGCUGAUCCUAAUCGGCAUCUCUUUUCUUGUUCUUCUCGCCAGCCUGACCCUGAAUGCGUCAGCGUUGGGCCUCCAGUCCUGGCUCGAUAUUGAGUACACCCAACGGCCGAAUGACCCUCGUGACAUUCGUCAAUUCUCGCGGCUGCGUGGUCUAUUGCAGGAAUGUGCAGCACCCAGCAGCGGAUGUAAGCCCUGUCAAGAAGGAAGGAAUGUCUGGCCGGUCGUAAUCGGCGGUCAGUGUGUCGAGCGUGAAAACGGGUCUCGAACUGUGUGUCCCACUAUGGCCAGUACCAAACAAGGUCGUAAUAAAAGCGCAGUUUGCUGA